AUGGGCUCUACUGCUUCUAAACCUGAAACUAAGGUUUACACGCCAAAGGCGCCGGUGGACUUUAGUGCGUCUUUCUUGUCACGUUUGGAAAACUCCCAAGAGUCUGACUACACCAGAUCCCAAUACACCGAAAAAUAUAUUCAAGAGCGAGUUGCGGACGAAUUGAAAAAAUUGGAAUUGGAAACCAUCAAGAAGUUCCAAGCAGCGACUUCGGAUGCAUUGUCCAAGGAAGGAGAAGCUUCUCUCUCUGUGGCCUCUGCUAACGAGAGAAUCUCUAAGUUGAGCGAGGUUUUGAAGGAAAGUGCUAAACUCACCCAUGUUGAUCUUAGUGACGAUGUUAAGAACGCUAGAAAGUCUGUGAUUGCAUGCUUGAAAGACAACAAGGGAAGACCUUUGAACUGCUGGGACGAGGUUGAGCAAUUCAAAAAAUUGGUCCACAAUAUGUAA